CUGUCCGUAAACUGCUUCCGUCCGAGGCACACGGGCAAAAUAUUCCACAUGCGGACCUUUUCUGAGUUCCAAGUUCUUAUAUGAACCCAUAAAAUAAGCACACACUGGUCCGCCCUAAUUAGGGUUUGGGUUUAGGGUUUCUCUCCUCAGUCUUCACCACUACCGUGACUUUCAUCUUUUCCCAAUUUCACCGCUAAAAUCCGCACGCCUAUGCAACGCCAAUCUCAAGGUCAACCACCUUAACAUAUACCAGCCACAGAGACACCAAGAACUUUGAGAGGAAAAAGGCAAAUCUCGAGGGAAGAAAUUAAAUAUGGAAGCAAGGGUUGGUGUGGUUGUUGAGGGAGGACAGAGAGCCCUCAAUUCUGCUGCUGUUGUUAAUGGAAGCGUCGUUGAUGCUAGUGCUAGGAAAUUUCUGCAGCAUCACAAUCACAGCCACAACCACAACCACAACAAACAGCAGUCUCUUAGUCCUCAAGCGCAGAUAGGAACCGUACAACAGCUGCUUUCUGGUGGUAUUGCCGGUGCUUUUAGUAAGACCUGCACGGCUCCUCUGGCUCGCCUGACUAUCCUCUUUCAGGUUCAGGGUAUGCAUGCUGAUGUUACAGCAUUAAGCAAGGCUAGCAUAUGGCGUGAGGCUUCCCGUAUUAUUCAUGAAGAAGGGUUUAGAGCUUUUUGGAAAGGCAAUCUGGUUACUAUUGCUCAUCGUCUUCCUUAUUCUUCUGUGAAUUUCUAUGCUUAUGAGCGCUACAAGAGUUUGAUACAUUCAGUUCUUGGCCUGGAAAAACAGAGAGGGAGUGCUCCUGCAGAUCUUGCUGUACACUUUGUAGCUGGUGGGUUGUCAGGAAUAACAGCUGCUUCUGCAACAUAUCCACUAGAUCUUGUGAGGACGCGCCUUGCAGCACAGAGGAACACAAUCUACUACAGAGGUAUUGGGCAUGCAUUUCAUACCAUAUGCAGAGAAGAAGGGUUUUUGGGCCUGUAUAAGGGACUUGGAGCAACACUUUUGGGAGUUGGGCCAAGUAUAGCAAUAAGCUUUUCUGUUUAUGAGUCUCUCAGAUCUUUAUGGCUGUCUCAAAGGCCCAAUGAUUCUACUGUUGUGGUUAGUCUUGCUUGUGGUAGUCUUUCAGGCAUUGCAUCUUCAACAGCAACAUUUCCUUUGGACCUUGUGAGGAGAAGAAUGCAGUUGGAAGGGGCUGGUGGUCGUAAACGUGUUUACACAACUGGCUUGUUUGGGACAUUUGGACAUAUAAUCCGGAACGAAGGGUUGAAGGGCUUGUAUAGAGGGAUUCUGCCUGAAUACUACAAGGUAGUUCCUAGUGUUGGUAUUGUCUUCAUGACAUAUGAGACAUUGAAGAUGCUUCUAUCGAGUGUACCUGCCAGUUAAAUGAGAUAAGAGUUAACUUAAAUUGUGUCCAUGAGAAAUUCUGUCUGGGCGCACGAAACCAAGAAAAUUAAGAGGAUUCAGUUUUGUUAUCCCGGAAGGUUGGCAGUAGAAAUGUUCUGUCUGUGGUACAUGAGAGACUCCAUGGUGGUAAAUUUUGCGGUUGCUGCGAUGAGACCCUAUAAUUUUUUAUGUAUAGGCAGAUGCGGAGCGGGCGGUGCAAGUGGAGACUUGGCCCCCAAACAUUUAUAAAUUUUUUUUAGGUGUAAAAAAUUUUAUUUUUUUAAAUUAAUAUAGUAAAUUUUCUAUUA